AUGGCAGCGGCAAGCCUCGCACCAGUAGACAAUGAAGAGUUCCACCAAAUAACCGACCAGUCGCAGAAGCAUGUCAAUAUUGCCCUGCAGCUCGACGCACUACCGGCCGAGCUCCGCCGUUACAUGCUCCUUUUCUUGGACCUUGAGUCACUAUCAGCUCUUGUACAUGCCUCGCCAAUCUAUCAUGCACAAUACAGAGAGGACCGCGAGCGUAUCCUCUCACAGAGCGUUGAAUACACUGCGCCUGAGGAAUUCAUAAUUCGACUAUUUCGAAGCCGUAACUCGGAGUUCAAACAAGAUGUCGCCGGAUUCCUCCAGUCAUACUCAGGGGCAAAAGCCCGACAAGAGUUGACGCGUGAGGGGCCAAUCGACUUAAAAACAGCUGUGGAAAUGGCGCGCUUCUACUUCACCAUAGUGAAGCCACUCGCCAACAAGUUUGCUUGUACGCUGCUGGAGAAGGUAGCCCAGGAGGCAGCACAUCCCGACGUGAUAUCAGAGCCAGACUCGAGGCUUUCAGGUUCGGAAAGAGCGCGAAUUACGCGAUCUAUCUAUCGGCUCGAACUCUAUUGCGUGGCCUUGCAUACAGAUAAAUGGAUCGAAAAUCUCACAGGGCCGGAGGAUACGCAAGCAUUCCUGGACACUUUCGAGCCGUGGGAGACCGAAGAGCUCUUUUCGUUCUAUAAUUUCACAAAGGGGAUAUACGUGAAUCUCAUCGAAAGCGUCAAAUCGGACAUACAUCCUGACAAUCCUAGAUUCGAUGAUCAACCUCGGGCGCCUACGCCAACGGGAUCCUUCGACAUAGAUAAUAGUCCUUUCACAGAAGAAUACGUCGGCAGUCUCGUUUUAAAGGGGAUAGAAUUCUUACACACGACGAUUUUCGUCAUUACAGACCAUGAGGAUCUCGUCUCUCUCGUACAGGAAAACAUGAUGCUGAAUACCUGCCAUUUGGGAGGCGAUCUCGAUUUUGCCGGCGAACAUUAUCAAGAAACGCGGUACACGGACGGAACCGAACGCGGCGAGAAAAUGGACAACCAAACACCGAUGCCAUUCCAGGGGGACGAAAGGUCAGAUACACCGCCGCUGGGCUGGACAACCCUCUGGGGCGAGGUAUACAGCAGCUUGUUUGGCCGGGAAGUUCCCGACGCGCUGCAGCCCUGGGGCUAUAUCUUUUGGGACGCAUCAAGACUGAAGUCGACUGGGGCGCUUGAAAUGAUCGAGCGAGCUAUGAAAAACUGGACUGAUCCCAGGGACCGUGAAGCCCAAAGACCAUACGGCUGGGCGAGAGAUUUUGAGGAUUAG